CGGACAAGUUUACCUCCUCAUACAUAUAAAUAAAGUAAAAAUAAUAAAAUAAAAAUAAAACAUAACAAGACUGUCAGUUCAUACACCUCGAACGCAAAGCUUUGUUAGUUUACAUGAUCGGUUUGAUAAAUUGUUGUAACAGACGUGUGCUUUAAAAAUAAAAUUUAAAAUGAAAGUACUACAAAAUUGUCGUGAGUGAACAUAACGUUUGAUAAUGUUAAACAACACCAUUUAAUUAUAAUUGAAGGACUGUACUAAACGCAAUGUUCCGGAGCAGAAGCUGGUUCGGGACUGGCUGGGGCCGUCCCAAGAACCCCCAUUCAUUGGAAAGACUAAAAUAUUUACACAAUAUACUUUGCAAAAAUACAACUGUUUCUGAAAGCAACAGAGGAACGCUUGUGGAAUCGUUAAGGUGCAUAGCGGAGAUACUCAUAUGGGGCGAUCAGAAUGACAGCUCAGUUUUUGAUUUCUUCUUAGAGAAGAACAUGUUGUCAUAUUUCUUGAAGAUAAUGAGACAGAAGUGUGGAGGCUCAUCAUAUGUAUGUGUGCAGCUUUUGCAAACCCUGAAUAUACUGUUUGAGAACAUCAGGAAUGAAACAUCACUGUAUUACCUCUUAAGCAAUAACCACGUUAAUUCUAUAAUAGUGCAUAAGUUCGAUUUUUCCGAUGAAGAAGUGAUGGCAUAUUACAUAUCAUUCCUGAAGACAUUAAGUUUAAAACUCAACAACCACACGAUACAUUUCUUUUACAAUGAGCAUACAAAGGAUUUUCCUCUUUACACCGAGGCAAUAAAGUUCUUUAACCAUUCAGAGUCGAUGGUUCGGAUUGCGGUGCGGACGCUCACCCUUAAUGUGUAUAGAGUACAGGAUGCCAGCAUGCUUAGAUUUAUAAGAGACAGGACGGCGGCGCCAUAUUUUAGUAAUUUGGUCUGGUUUAUCGGAAAACAUAUAUUGGAGUUAGAUACUUGUGUCAGGAACGACGCUGACCAUCAAUCCCAGCAAAAAUUGGACGACUUAGUUGCCGAACAUCUGGACCAUCUACACUACAUUAACGACAUCCUAUGCCUAAAUAUACCAGAUCUUAACGACGUGCUCACGGAACAUCUUCUACAUAAACUGCUGAUACCCUUGUACAUUUAUUCUUUGACCUCCGAAUCGACUAAAAGACCGUCUACGGCGCCUCCCUACAAUAGAGAUCAUCUGCAAAAUAUAGAAGUUAUAACAAGGAGCUUAGAGGCCAUUUUGACGGGGAAAAACAGCGAAAUGUCGCCUUCUAGAAUGAACUUCCCGAGACAAAGAAUCGAGAGCGAAGAAGAGAGACCUUCUGUGUCAUGUGUGGUUGCCCUGUUUCUCUUAUCGCAAGUGUUCCUAAUAAUAACACACGGCCCGAUUGUGCACGCGUUGGCCUGGAUCUUAUUGCAAUCAGACUUAUCGGUGUUGGAAGAAGGAGCUACGAAAAUUCUCGAAAUGUACAUCAGUACCGCUAAGCCCAAUGUCAAAUUGGAGUUUUCGAAGCCGCAGAUGAGUCUAGAGAAGGCUUUAGAGAAUAAUUCUGGCGAACGCGAUUACACUACACCGGAAUACAGUGGCUGUAAAACGUUCAGUUUCGACGACAAAGAUACAGAUCAUUCGAGCUGUGAUCUCGAUCCUGAGUUGGUAUCGAAUUCGCUUCCGUCCACAUCUCAUAUAAGCGAAACGUCGAGUAUAGCUCACGACUCGACUGAAGAUCUCGUGACUCAAAUUCAUUCGGUUAAAUCGAGUGUCGUUCACAAUGAGAACAUGCCGGAUUCUCCGCUGCCCGAUUCUGGUAUAGAAUCCAGUUCUACGAAAUCCAAUUCGGAAUUCAACAACAUAACUGAUGAAGAGAAACAGCAAUUGCUCGGAGUCACAACUAGUACACCAAUAAACAGAUCCGAUUCGCUAGAGAACGUAUUGGAGAAAGAGAAUCGAGAAAUCGCCAAGAGGCCGUUUCUAAAGACGAUCUUUGAUUCUUUGGAUUGUGGCGAGAAUGAUUAUAAAGCAUUAUUUGCUCUUUGCUUAUUGUUCGCGUUGAUAAAUAACAAAGUGGGUGUCAACACAGAACUACUUGAUACGCUGCUUUGUCCCGAAGAGGAAUUGUCUCAUUUGAACUCAACGAAUACGUCGGGCCGUGAAAUUGUAGAGAAAAGCGAAGGAUCAUCGACAUCAAUUUCUUCUACUCCUACAAAAAAAACAAUGCAGAGUUUUAACUCACUAUUGAUUUAUAAGCUAAUGGCUAUUGCAAAUUUGAGCUGUAAACCUACCUCUCAGGUCCGCUUGGUCACUCUGGAGUUGAGCGUGACGUUAAUGCGCAUCGCAAUGCAAGGGACUAGGGGUCCCGCGCCGUCAGCUAACGGGAGCUCACGGUCAGCGACGGGCCACCCCGGCCCGGGCUCACGGAGCGUCAUGAGCCGUCACGUGGCCGCCGCGGACACGUUACGUGCGCGGGCCGCAGCGCUCGCACGUAACUUCUACAAGUGCGACGAUAUCUUCUUGGACAUGUUUGAAGAUGAGUACUGUGAGAUGAGCAAGCGUCCUCUGAACGUGGAAUGGCUAUGCAUGGAUGCGGCAAUACUGCUUCCUCCCACACGCACGCCGAUGUCUGGCAUUGCGUUUGCUAAGCGACUGCCGAGCGGGGAGAUAGAGAGAGCCCGUAGAGCGAUAAGAUCGUUCUUCCUAAUACGAGACCUGUUCUUGAAGUUGAGUGGGAUACCAGAGAACCAACUGCCUCUGACGAACCCGGCACCGUUUGUCGAAGUCGGCAACGUUUUGGAUCUCAACGAUUCCGAUCUGAUAUCGUGCGACAUAAUACAGAAGGAUGGCACGUGGCAGCACAGGUUCUUGGCCGUCGACAACAUGCAGAUAAUACUCGUCGAGCCGGACAAACAGAGGCUCGGGUGGGGAGUCGCCAAACUGGUGGGAAGCCUUCAGGAUUUGGAGAUCCAAGGCGAUAAGGAAGAUCCGUGCUGCCUCCACUUGACUAUACACAAGCCGCGGGUGGGCGCGACGGGCGCGCUUCCCAGGACGCUACUGCUGCGGGCCAAGUUCAAGUUCGACGACUACAUACGCAGCAUGGCGGCCAAACAGAGGCUCAUUAAGGGUCGCAUGAAGUCCCGCCAGAAGAAGAUGCAGCAGAUCGGGCGACUGCUGGAAGUGUCGGGAGUGUCCGCGCCCCCCGCCGCGCCGCGCCCCCGCCCCCUGUUCUCCCGCCCCGGCCUCUCGGCGAUCAGGAGAUCUACAGGAGGCGACGGCGACGACUCAGAGCGGAGGCUCCGAAGGCCUAGCGGUCACUUACUGAAAGACGGCAUCGUCGUCUAUCGAGAACGAACCACGAGCAGAGAAAGUAGCGUGUCGAGAGGAAGCAGUGGUUCCCGAGAGGGAUCUCCGAGGGGCCACCAAGAGGAAAUACCACUCGAAGACAUACGGAGGAACGUUGCCUCCACCAGCGCCGCAACUCCAAAUGUCGUACAGCAGAUAAAUACACAACCGAGUACGUCCCAGGCGAAGACCCGAAGCAAUUCGUCUGAGGAAACCUCGUUUAUAUCGGGCGAAGCGCCGCGAGCGAAACGGAGAGGCCUCGUCGAGACUAUUUGAUACAGGACCGGGCGCGGGCUGCCGGACCCACGAAUUAACUAGAAAAGGUAAUUAAUGUAUUACGUAAAGCUAUUGAGGUAUAGGAAUCGGCCCUCGAUACCUUCGGCAUAAACAGAAAUAAAAAAAAAAAAACGGUGCGCGUACAACUUGGUGCACGUGAAUGAAGUGAAACUUCUUUUUCGAUGUAUGUAGUAUUGUGGUUUUCUUCAUUUUUUAUCCUUUAAAUCAGAUUGCCAUUGUAAUGACAAAUGCUGUGUAUGAGAGAUGCGACAUCUUUAACAUUUAUAUUAUAUAUAUUUUAAAUUAUAGAUAGAUAAAUAAAUAAAUAUAUAUAUUUUUAAAUACUUCAUUAAAAUAUUGGACGGUUCUAGUUGCUAACACUCGUGCUAGCCUGCAACAGGUAUACAACGCGCGUGCGUCCGAGUGCCACGCAUUCACUCUCGCUCUGUCUCUUUUUAUUCCAUGGUAGCGUUAAACGUUUAACGCAACCUUGUUGGAAGUCGCGUUAGAAGUUUCACUUCAAAAAAACAAUUCUAUAAAACAUAAGACACAUUGUCCAUUUUUCUGCUUAACACUAAUCAUACCAACACCUUCUGGUACCUAUUUCUACCAUAGCGGCUAGAUAACGAUUAUGGCAAGUAAUACUUAUAAUAA